GCCAAGCCUCAUUUGGUGGCGUCAGCUACAUUCGCAUGACAUUACAUUGACCGGUAUCCCAUCUCAGGGGCUCUCUUGCCCUUUUGAGCCUUGUCAACGGCUGAUGAAACCAUGGCAAUGGCUGCAGGGAAGGAGAGGUUAUGUUGCCAAUGGCGAAGACUUAAAUAGAUGGAUAUCCGUCAACGAUAUUCAGGUCUUGGAAGACAUUCAACCUCAUCAACUUUCUCACUUUACUCGGUAUUAUUAAUAUUUGUCGGUUUUUACAAUUGAACCGCACAAGAAUGAAGGCUGUUACUACAAUCAUCGCUACGCUAGCAUCAGCCGGCUUCGUCCGCGCUCAUGUUGCGGCGUUUACAAAGGGCAUGUACUGUCUAAACGGUACGAAACCCGGAGUGGAAGACUUCAACACCAACACAGUCGUGAAUCCCCUUUUCGAACUCCCGAAGAGCGAAUGGUGGAUGCAGCACGAUCGCGGCUGCGACUCGGAUCAGUUCCGUCCUAGCCCCGGCGACUUUCUGGAGCUCCCGGCCGGCGGAUCCUUUACCGUCGAGUUAGCCCACAACCGUGCCCAAACUACUCUCUCCUACGACGGGAAAUUUACGUCGGAGUGGCCGGAUGGAAAGCAGCAUCCGGAAGACUGGCAUAGCCCAACUGCCGACGAUUGCCUCAACGCUAACCCGGAUGGUUUGGGGGGCGCGAUGCAUACCCACAACGAAUCGACUGCCGCCGGCACCGCUUUCGCUAUCUCCUACAACUCAGAUAUCUCCAAGGUGACGAUGGAGAACUUGGCGGUAUUUACCGUUCUAGAGCACACACCAUGGAAACGCCUUGCUACUUACCAAGUGCCUCGCGACUUGCCACCAUGCCCCGAAGACGGCUGCUACUGCGCAUGGCUGUGGGUUCCGGAUGGAUGCGGCGAACCAAACAUGUACAUGCAAAACUUCAAGUGCCGCGUUACCGGCUCUACUUCUACGAGGACUGUUGCUCCCGCCAAAGCGCCGGUAUACUGCGGCGGACAGACCGCCUGUAUUGCCGGGGCAAAGCAGAUGAUUGCUUGGAAUCAGGCCGAUGGGAACAACGUCGAGACACCGGCCGGCGUGUCUCCCGGUUACAACCAGAAGAUGGGUUGGCAGCCCGGUGCGCAGAAUGACAUUUUCCAGUGAGCAUCGAAGUUCGAUCCUCUGCUCGAAAUGUGAUAGAAAUCAGUCUUGGC